UCCUGGCACUCACGUGACUCCGCUCAGCUCAAUCGCUCGCGGAAGUGGUCCAGCCUCCGCGUCCCGCGAGGGGGUCUCCGGGUACCCCGCGGGGCGGGCUGGCCGGAGCGGGCACCGCCGGGCGGCCCGCAGCAGGUUGCUGCGAUGGUGCAAUUGUACAAUCUGCACCCGUUCGGGUCGCAGCAGGUGGUGCCCUGCAAGUUGGAGCCUGAGCGCUUCUGCGGCGGGGGACGCGAUGCGCUGUUCGUGGCGGCCGGUUGCAAGGUGGAGGUGUUCGCAGUCGCCGGCCAGGAGCUGUGCCAGCCGAGGUGUGCCUUUUCCACGCUGGGCAGGGUGCUGCGCCUGGCCUACAGUGAGGCCGGAGACUAUUUGGUAGCAAUCGAAGAGAAAAACAAAGCUACGUUUCUACGUGCUUAUGUCAACUGGAGAAGUAAAAGGACUGAAAACUCCCGAGUGUGUAUCCGAAUGGUCGGACAUGACGUGGAGGCACCCUUCAGUGAAACCUUCAGAGACCAGAUGUCUAUUGUGGAAAUGCCACUUUCUGAGGCUCCCCUGUGCAUCUCCUGUUGCCCUGUGAAAGGAGACCUUCUUGUUGGCUGCACAAAUAAGUUAGUUUUAUUUAGUUUGAAGUAUCAGAUCAUUAAUGAAGAAUUCUCAAUAUUGGACUUUGAACGUUCUUUAAUUAUCCAUAUAGAUAAUAUCACCCCUGUUGAAAUUUCUUUUUGUAUUGGAUAUGUCGCUGUCAUGUCAGACUUAGAAGUUUUAAUCCUAAAACUGGAGUCAGACCCCAAAAAUGGAGAGAGUGUUAACCACCAUCCACGUAAGACCAACAAUCCAGUGAAACUGUCAGAAGACAUCAGUAAUGAAACUUUGCAGCUUGAGUCAGAUGAUUUUGUUAUCUGCCAAAAGCCCAUGGAACUUCUUGGUGAAAAAAGCGAACAGUCUGGAGUAUCUGUUACACUGGAGUCAACAGGAUUAGCUGAUGAAAAAAUAAAAUAUUUCCAUGUUCAGCACCUGCUCUACAGACGUUUUGCUCCUGAUAUUUCAUCCUAUGUCUUGUCGGAUGACAUCAAGUUGCAUUCACUUCAGCUGCUACCCAUUUACCAAACAGGGUCUCUUACUUCUGAGAGAAAAAAUUCAUCUCAGGAAAAAGAGUUGCUGAGCCUCUUUUGUUUUUUCUCAUUACCUCAUGUGGGCUAUCUGUACAUGGUUGUCAAAUCUGUUGAAUUAAUGUCAGUCUACCAGUAUCCUGAGAAGUCUCAGCAGGCGGUGCUCACACCACAAUUUUUGCAUGUCAUCACAAGUAACAACCUGCAGUGUUACACAGUGCGGUGCAGUGCGGCGGCCGCUCGGGAGGAGGACCCGUAUGUGGACACCACCCUGAAGGCUUGCCCACCUGUCAGUAUGGAUGUCUGUGCUUUAAGAAUACAGCUUUUCAUAGGCUUGAAAGCCAUCUGUCACUUUAAAAACCACGUUAUACUUCUGACCAAGGCAGACCCUGAAACAAUUCCAGAGAGAAGAGAGUCACCCAAGAGGCUUCUUUCUAGAAAAGGUACCAGUGUUAAUCUCAAAACACCUCCUGUAGCUGAGGCUGGGUGGAAUUUGUAUAUUGUGAAUACGAUCUCACCAGUGCAACUGUACAAAGAAAUGGUAGACUACAGUAACACCUACAAGACUGCAAAAACGCAGAGCUGCAUCCACCUUCUCAGCGAGGCUCACCUGUUAGUGAGAGCUGCCCUGAUGGAUGCCAGUCAGCUGGAACCUGGAGAAAAAGCGGAGCUUUUAGAAGCAUUUAAAGAAAGCUGUGGGCACCUUGGAGACUGCUACAGCAGGCUUGACACCCAGUAUUCCCACCUCGCCUUGCCAUACUAUAAGAUGUCUGGUUUGUCUAUGGCUGAAGUUUUGGCCCGAGUGGACUGGGCAGUAGAGGAUGGAUCGCAGAAAUACGAGAGGGGAUUAAUCUUUUACAUUAAUCAUUCACUUUAUGAAAACCUGGAUGAAGAAUUAAGUGAAGAAUUGGCAGCAAAAGUGGUUCAGAUGUUUUAUGUUGCUGAGCCGAAGCAACUGCCCCAUAUUCUCUGUAGUCCUUCUAUGAAGAAUAUUGAUCCUUUAACUGCCAUAAGCUAUUUAAGGAAGCUGGAUACUUCUGGAUUUUCAUCAGUCUUAGUGACGUUGACCAAGGCAGCAAUGGCUUUGAAAAUGAGAGAUCUUGACAUGCACAGAAAUGAAAUGAAAAGCCAUUCAGAGAUGAAGUUGGUAUGUGGCUUCAUUCUGGAACCUCGGCUAUUGAUUCAACAGAGGAAAGGACAGAUUGUUCCAACUGAAUUUGCAGUUCACUUGAAGGAGACUCAGCCUGGAUUGCUUGUGGCUUCAGUCCUUGGCUUACAGAAGAACAACAAAAUUGGAAUUGAAGAAGCAGAUUCCUUCUUUAAGGUGCUUUGUGGUAAAGAUGAAGAUACGAUUCCUCAGCUCUUAGUAGACUUUUGGGAAGCUCAGCUGGUAGCGUGUGUCCCGGAUGUGGUACUUCAGGAGCUCUUUUUCAAGCUCACAUCACAGUACAUCUGGAGAUUAUCUAAGAGGCAACCACCUGACACCACGCCAUUGAGAACAUCAGAGGACCUGAUAAACACCUGUAGUCAUUAUGGCUUAAUCAGUCCGUGGGUUAAUGUCUUAAUAUCAUCCGAAUCCUUGGCUGAUAAAAAUUAUAUGGAAGACCUUUCAAAAUUACAGGUUUCUCUUUGAGAAACGCCGCAGAACUUUCAUUCAGCGGUGACCCUGGGCCCUCACUGCCUGAGACCUGAAGGUUGGCGCCACCUACUGGAUCCCCUCCUUGGACAGUGCUCGUGCUGUCCUGUCUGCCACAGUUCCACCUCCGUGUCUCCCUGGUCCAGACGCUGAGUGUCUGGCAUCCGUUUUCCUUAUACCCAGCCGCCUUCGUGCGUUUUCAUCAUCUGGUUUUCGUCAUCUGGUUUGGCCUUGUUAAGCUUUGGAGUUUGUAACCCCUGAUUUACUCUGGGAACUUAGUGGAAGUGUGGUUAUUGCUUAUAGAAACCAAAAUGUCCAAUUGGGGAUGGGGUGGCAGGAUGUGAAGCUCAAGAGACCAUAUUGCUUAGUCUUAGCCUCUAGACAGCCUGUGAUGUCGCCAGGAAUGGAGUUACUUACAUUUUUUAAAAAAUUGCCAAAGAAGGUUCUUGUUGGUUCUUAUCUCUAGUACCCUUAUGAUACAGAGGCUGCCAAGCACUUAGUCUCAGAUUUGUUCAUUCCACAAAUAUUCCUCAAUCAUGUACCGUAAAUGUGAUUGAUGUACAGCAUUGGACAAGGCAGGCAAGACCUUGCCCUCCUAUAAUGUAUGUACUAAUUACAUAUUUAAAAUGCUAAUUGUAAUAAGUGCUAUUAAAUAUCCCCUGAUAAAUGUUCAAAGCAUAUUUAUAAUCUCUGCUUGGAAAAGUAUAAUUCAGUGAUCUUUAGAAUCCAUUUUAAGGUAUUUAAAAAGGGUAUCUUGGGACUUCCCUGGUGUCACGGUGGUUAAGAAUCUGCCUGCCAAUGCACGGGACACGGGUUCGAUCCCUGGUCCGGGAAGAUCCCACAUGCCGCGGAGCAACUAAGCCCGUGCGCCACAACUACUGAGCCUGCGCUCUAGAGCCCGCGAGCCCCAACUACUGAAGCCCGUGCACCUAGAGCCCGUGCUCUGCAACAAGAGAAGCCACUGCAAUGAGAAGCCCGCGCACCGCAACAAAGAGUAGCCCUCGCUCGCCGCAACUAGAGAAAGCCCACGCGCAGCAACAAAGACCCAAAGCAGCCAAAAAUAAAUAAUAAUAAAAUAAAUAAAUUUGUAAAAAAUAAAAAUAAAAAUAAAUAAAUAAAAAGGGUAUCUUCUUUCUGGGAAUCCUUGCCGUUAAAGGAUAGAAAGUUUAGUCAGUCUAAACUUUUCUAAAUCCUUUUCCUAAUUAUAACUCUUUCUAAAUUAUCUGGGGUCAAUUAGUCUUAGUCAUUAAGAAAAAGCUAACCAUCAAGAAACAAAAAGAUCUCACCUGCUCUUACCUAGAGGAACGGGGGGUCGGUUCAGAAUCACUUGGAGAGCUUUUUCAAAAUUGUAUGACUCCCCUCUACCCACCAGCUCACCACCACCUCACAGAUUUGAUAUAAAUCUUUGUCUCUUGUUCUUAAUCACUGUAAUAGUAUAUUUGUGCAAGAAUUAAAAACAAUCUAUAGAUCAUCUAUGUGUCAAAAAGCCACUAUUCAGAACAACACAGUAACUAGUAAAUGCCCCACCUUUUACCAGAAUUGUCCUGGUCCCCUCCCCCCGCCUCCUUGCCAUCCACCCGUCUUAGAGCCAUAGGUGUGACUGUGUAGAGAAUUCUGUGGGUUCCAGCCCUGCAGUCAGCUGAGCAUGAGGGAUCUAGAUCAGAAAAAAGGAAUAAAUAGUGCCUGUGUUGGGGGUGGAGAGUCCAUUUCCAAUAUUGAAAAAAAAAGAACACACUGCUAAGAAGCAGACAACACUAAGAGUAUUUUAAAGAGUAGUAGUAACCUGUGGGCCUUUUUUUAUCCAGUGAUAUAUGUGUUGUCUGGUGUUUCUUAUUUUGAGGGUUUUUGUUUGUUUUGUUUGUUUUGGCCGCCCUGUGUGGCUUUGGGAUCUUAGUCCCCCGACCACAGAUCAAACCCGCGCCCUCAGCAGUGAAAGUGCGGAGUCCUAACCACUGGACCGCCAAGGAAUUCCCUGGUGUUUCUUAUUUUUAAACUUCUUGAUGAUAUGGAUGUAACUACUUAAAAGUUCAUGGGUAACCCAUUUUGUACCAAGCUUUGACUCAUUUCACUUUAACCACCUUAUUUCAUAUUUGCUCUCUUAUUGUCAGAAAAUUUUUCAGAUGAAGGUGAAUGUUAAAUUUGCAGGAAGGAAAGGGACCAACCUUAUUCUCCUAGCCAUUCCUUGGUAGAUAUUUGGAAUAAAAUCACGAUGCUGACUGUAAAUGGAUAGUUCAUGUUCCAUAUCCUCCUGUGAGUCUGAGAAGAUGCUGUAGUAAAAAGGAUACAAGAAGAAGAAAAUCAGGAUAUGAGCAUUUCAUUUUUAUCCAGAAGAAAGGGAAAGCAGAGAUUAUUUUGGUGGCAGAAUCAAAAGUAGUAUUUAUAGUUUAAAUGUUUAGAAGUAAAAUAUUGUCAAGUUCUGACUACUGAAAUAAUAGCUGCUCUGUGUCAUUCAGGUUGUAGCAAAUGGUAUUGAUACAAAUUAUUAAGUUCUUAACGAUUGCUGUAGUUUUCUUAAAUGUUAAAUUUUAUUUUUGGUUCUAUGUGUAGUGCAUGCUUAUUAUAGAAACCUUGGAAAAUACAGGGAAGUGUGAAAAAGAAAAAAAAUGUUGACUUUGUCCUCCCAUUCCAGUGAACUGGUCUCUGUUUCAAAUUUCGAUGCUCUUCCAAAGGCAUUUGUAGAUGUGCAUGUACCUAUGUAGAUUUUAUAAAACUGAUCAUGCUCUGAAUAUAACUUUGUAUUGAGAUUUUUUACUAAUUUUAUUGUGAGCAUUUUGUCCUUUGGCCUUUGAAAACAAUUUUGAUAGCUAUAAAAUAGUCCAUCAUUUGAAUAUAUCAUAAUUUAUUUACUCAUCCCUUCUUAUUUUUUUUUUUGUAAGAUAUGUGAGAUACAUCCUUAACUUUUUUUUUUUAAUUUUAUUUAUUUAUUUAUUUAUUUAUUUAUGGCUGUGUUGGGUCUUUGUUUUUGUGCGAGGGCUUUCUCUAGUUGCGGCAAGUGGGGGCCACUCUUCAACGCGGUGUGCGGGCCUCUCACUAUCGCGGCCUCUCUUGUUGCGGAGCACAGGCUCCAGACGCGCAGGCUCAGUAGUUGUGGCUCACGGGCCUAGUCGCUCCGCGGCAUGUGGGAUCUUCCCAGACCAGGGCUCGAACCCAUGUCCCCUGCAUUGGCAGGCAGAUUCUCAACCACUGCGCCACCAGGGAAGCCCCAUUCCUUCUUAUUUAAUGUUUAGAUUUCUUCUAGUUUUUCAGUAUUAUAAAUAUUCUUGAGGUGAACAUCAUUGGACAUAAAUCUUGACCACCAUGUUGAUUAUAUCUUUAGGAUAGAGUCUUAAAGCAUUCGCAUUAGUUUAAACUUACAGUCUAUUCAGAGCAAACACAAUCAUGUUAUUUUUAAAAAUCAUAGCUUUGUAUUAAACAGAUUUUUUUUCCUUUAAACUAGAGGUGUUUUCAAGAUUAUAUAAUACUUUGGUCUAAUUAGACUUACUAAGUAAAUAUAUGCACGUGCUCUAAAAUUACAUUCUUUUUUUUUUUUGGCAAGUGAGAUUUAUUCUUUUUAAAAACUGUAUUCUGUAUGUGUGUUUUUUGGGUGCCUCAUUCCAUAACAUUUCACUUUUCUGUUCAUAGUCUCUCAUAUGUGGUCCUUCAUUUGACAUAGCUUCCAUUAUUCCAUUCUUGGAGCCACUCUCAGAAGACACUGUUGCUGGCCUCAGUGUCCAUGUUCUGUGUCGUACGCGUUUGGAAGAGUACGAACGGUGC